AUGAGUUUGAGGAUCUUCUCGCUCGAGGAGGAUUUCUUCGAGCUGCGGGGUUUGUCGCUCGAGGAAGAUUUUCUCGAGCGGCGUGGUGCGGACGGAGGGGGGCUCUCGUCCUUUCUUGGCGGAGGAGAUCGUUGCGGCGAAGUCGAUCUUCGCGGCGAGACGGAUCUCUGUGUUCGUGAAAAUCUAGAUAUCUUCGAGAUGAAUAGCGAGAAGCGUUUCCAGCCCCACGGUGGGCGCCAAUUGUUGAAUCCGAGAUAG